AUGCUAACAUCUGUUUUGACGGCGAUCCCCACAUUUGCGAUGUCUUGCUUCGAAUUACCUGCAAGUUUGUGCAAGAGAAUUCAAUCAGUACUUACUCGUUUCUGGUGGGAUUCAUCUGAUGGAGUGAGAAAGAUGUGCUGGGUGGCAUGGGACAAACUUACUAAACCUAAGGCAGGAGGAGGUUUGGGUCUGAAGGACAUCCAGUUAUUCAACCAAGCCCUCUUAGCUAAACAUGCAUGGCGUAUACUGACUAAUCCCGAAUGCUUACUAGCUAGAGUGUUGCUAGGAAAAUAUUGUCACAACAAGUCAUUUAUGGAAGUGACAGUCCCUACGGUCUGCUCUCAUGGCUGGAGAAGUAUUUUACACGGUAGAGACCUCCUAAGAGGUAACAUAAGCAAGGUGAUAGGAAACAGACUCUCAACCAAAAUAUGGAAAGACUCCUGGAUUGCAUUGCACAAGGACAUCAGACCGUUUGGACCUAUUCCAGAACCAGCUCUAGACCUAACAGUCUCUGAUCUCCUAACGUCGGAUAUGAAGUGGAAUAAGAGUAGAGUAGAGCAAUUGCUACCUCAGAUGGCUAUGGAAAUCCAGAUGCUUCAACCAGGCAAUACAGAUACAGAGGAUAUCUUUGCUUGGUAG